UAAAUAAAGGGAGUAAUUAUGGGCGUGCCCCAAACGUACUGUCACACUGCGUUCUCUUAAUCUACACGAUCGAAAAUCCUAAAAGGAGGAAAUUCAUACAUAGGACUAAUAAAAUCGAGUUAACACAUGAAAAUCUGAGUUCGAAUCGGUGCGUCAGAAAUUCGAUUUCUCUUUGAGAUCUGAAUUACCGAAAAAGCAAUCGAGGGAGAUAUAGAAGAACAUCCCAUUUUUUUUCAUAAUUGUGAGAUUUCCUGAUUCAGAUCCGAGGAAACCCUAUUCACCCAGAGGGAAUGGGCUACGCCGUCAGAUUUUUCUGCACAUUCGCUUUCUUCUUUUUGUUCUUCGUCUCCUCCACCCUCGGCAAGUACCAAGAUGAUGAGGCCGUCACACUUUGGGUAAACAAGGUUGGCCCGUACAACAAUCCCCAAGAAACCUACAACUAUUACAGUCUCCCGUUUUGCCACCCACCUGGCAAUGCAGCUCACAAGUGGGGUGGGCUGGGUGAGGUUAUCGGAGGGAAUGAGCUUAUUGAUAGCCAAAUCGAAAUAAAAUUUAAGAGAGAUGUCACGAAGGCUAAAAUCUGUGAAAUCGAACUGGAAGCUGCAAAUGUUAAACAGUUUAAGGAUGCAAUUGAUAAUUCAUACUGGUUUGAAUUUUUUAUGGAUGAUUUGCCAUUGUGGGGUUUUGUUGGUGAGGUGCUUCCUGAUAAAGCCCAUGAUAGUAAGCACGUACUUCUGACUCACAAGAAUCUUGUCAUUAACUACAACGGGGAUCAGAUUAUUCAUAUAAAUCUUACUCAAGAGAACCCCAGGCCACUUGAAGAAGGGCGGGUGUUGGAUAUGACCUACUCUGUCAAAUGGGUUCGAACUAACGUUACAUUUGCACGCCGUUUUGAUGUUUAUCUGGAUUACCCCUUUUUCGAGCACCAGAUUCACUGGUUCUCUGUCUUCAAUUCUUUCAUGAUGGUAAUUUUCCUUACUGGUUUGGUGUCUAUGAUAUUGAUGCGUACGCUACGCAACGACUACGCUAAAUAUGCUCGGGAAGAUGAUGAUCUGGAAACUCUGGAACGGGAUGUGAGUGAAGAAUCUGGUUGGAAACUUGUCCAUGGUGAUGUGUUUCGUCCUUCCAAGAACCUGGCUCUACUUUCAGCUGUUGUUGGCACUGGUGCUCAGCUAGCAACACUUGUUCUGCUUGUCAUCAUUUUAGCAAUUGUUGGAAUGUUGUACAUAGGGAGAGGAGCAAUUGUCACAACCUUUAUCGUAUGCUAUGCUUUUACAUCAUUUAUUGCUGGUUACGUGAGUGGUGGCAUGUAUUCCCGCCAUGGGGGUAAAACUUGGAUAAAGUCGAUGAUCCUUACCGCGUCACUGUUCCCCUUCAUGUGUUUCGGCAUUGGCUUCAUCUUGAACACAAUCGCCAUAUUUUAUGGUUCUCUAGCCGCCAUCCCCUUUGGUACCAUGGUGGUUGUUUUAGUCAUAUGGGCUUUUAUCUCUUUUCCCCUUGCACUUCUUGGUACUGUUGUGGGAAGAAAUUGGAGUGGUGCUCCAAACAAUCCAUGCCGAGUGAAGACAAUCCCUCGUCCGAUUCCUGAGAAGAAAUGGUAUCUUACGCCAUCUGUCGUCUCCCUCAUGGGAGGUCUGCUGCCUUUUGGAAGCAUUUUUAUUGAAAUGUAUUUUGUCUUCACCUCCUUCUGGAAUUACAAGGUGUACUAUGUGUAUGGUUUCAUGCUACUAGUGUUUGUGAUACUGAUCAUCGUCACCGUUUGCGUGACAAUUGUGGGGACGUAUUUCUUGCUGAAUGCCGAAAAUUAUCACUGGCAAUGGACUUCAUUCUUCUCUGCAGCCUCCACCUCGCUCUACGUGUACCUCUACUCUAUAUAUUACUAUUAUGUCAAGACUAAGAUGUCGGGUUUUUUCCAGACCAGCUUUUAUUUUGGAUACACUUUGAUGUUCUGCAUGGGUUUGGGAAUACUAUGUGGUGCUGUCGGAUAUCUGGGAUCCAAUUUGUUUGUCCGAAGAAUCUACAGAAACAUCAAAUGUGACUAAAUUUUGGAGCCCUUUAUCGAAUUUCCCAUGAUAUAAUUUAGCAUCCCCGAUCUAGUAGGACAAUCGACCAGCUCUAAAGUAUUGCAUUCAAAAGCAAACCUAGGAAAUUUUCUGGCAGAGAUAGAAUGGAGGGAUAUCCGUGUUUCGCUGAAGUCUUCGACUGUUAACAAGAGAUGUUGCUUUACUCCAAUUUACGUAUUCGCAGAUACUUUUGCUGCCAAAAACAUCUCUGUGGCUUUGUAUAUUUUUGCUACAUAGGCAUUUGUUGAUUCACUAUGUUUCAUUAAUGGAGACCCUUUUUUGCAAUACUUUA